GCAAAUAAGUAGCAGUACGGCGCCUGGCCAGCUUCUUCAGCUUCAAGUUGUACCAGACUCCCUGACCACUUUAGCACAAUCCCGGCCUAGCGAUCUUGAAAGCAGGCUUGCGCCAUGCGUAUCGUGCGCCCGCUCUUGCUCGCUCUCAGCGCCCUCGGCUCGCAUGUCUUCGCCCAGGAGAGUGCAAGCGCGCCGAAGCAAAGGCAUGACUACCAGAGCGACGUCGCCCGUCUGCGGAAAAUCGUGAUCAACAGCCUGUACUCUCAUCGAGACGUCUUCCUACGGGAACUCAUCUCGAAUGCAAACGAUGCGCUCGAAAAGCUGCGUCUGACUUCCCUUACCGAGAAGGAGGUGCUUUCAGGUGCAGAAGACAUGAAUAUCACGAUCAAGGCAUACAAGGAUGAGGACGGCAAGGGUCGCGUUGUCAUAAGAGAUACCGGUAUUGGGAUGACAGCGGAAGAGUUGACGAACAACCUCGGCACGCUCGCAAAAUCCGGCACCUCAGAGUUCCUCGCGCGAGCAGAGACGGACACGACGGGUACCGGUAACCUCAUUGGCGCGUUUGGUCUCGGUUUCUACAGCAGCUUCCUUGUUGCUGACCGUGUCUACGUUGCGUCACUCGCUGCGAAGUCGUCCCGCAACCCCGAACCAACUCAAUAUGUCUUCAGCUCAGGCGCUGACGAGAGUUCGUUCGAGACGUUUCCGGACCCUCGAGGGAAUACACUGGGCAGAGGAACGGAGAUCACCCUUGUUCUGAAGGAUGAAGCGCUCGAGUAUUUGGAUCCUCAUAGGAUUACUGACUUGGUGGACAAGCAUUCGUCAUUCGCCUCCACAUUCCCCAUCUACCUCUGGACAGAGCGGACAGAGACUGUGCCCGAUGAAGAGUCUGCCAAGGAGGCACCUGAGAUUGAUGAGGAUGAAGCCAUUGUAGAAGACGUCACUGAGUCAGACGAGACUCCGAAGACGAAGGAGAUCACUGUGGAAGAGUGGAUCCACAUGAACUCCCAGUCGCCCAUCUGGAUGCGGGAUCCCAAGACGGUAACAGAUGAGGAGUACGAGACCUUCUAUCAAGCAACGUUCAAAGACUACCAAAAGCCGCUCGCGUGGGACCACUUCUCCGGUGACUCUGGUUCGGGUACUUCCUUCAAGGCUAUCAUCUUCAUCCCGUCAGAGCUCUCGAACGAGUACUGGCAGAACCCAAUGGCGUCGAAUGCGAGGGAUAUCCGAUUGAUGGUCAAGCGUGUGUUCAUCACGUCUGACCUCGGCGAGGACGCGCUGCCCAAGUGGGCUAGCUGGGUCAAGGUUGUCGUAGACGCUGAGGAUCUCCCGCUGAACGUCUCCCGCGAGAUGCUGCAAUCCACACGUUUCCUCAAGCAACUGCGAUCGAUCGUCCUGAAGCACCUCCUCGCGCUUUUGGCACGUCUGCAGGAGAAUGAGCCGGAGAAGUGGACGACGUUGCAGAAGACUUAUGGCAAUGUGUUCAAGCUUGGCGCGGUUGAGGACUCGAAGAACCGGGUGAAGCUCGCGGAGCUCUGCCGGUUUGCGACUAAUCAGAGGAACGAGACGUCGUUGGAUGAUUACCUCGAGAACAGGAAGAAGGGGCAGAAGCAGAUAUUCUAUCUUGCGGACAUGGGCACCACUACGGAGCACUUGGCCAAGAGCGUCUUCAUCGAGAAGCUCCACGCUCGCGGCUACGAGGUCCUUCUCCUGACUGACCCCCUCGACGAGAUCUUCGUCCAAAACCUCCGGCUGUGGAAGACGGUGCAAUUCCAAGAUGUUGCCAAGGCGGGGCUACGGUUCGGUGAUGAGGAGAUGAGCCCUGAGGAAGAGAAGGAGGAGCAGAAGAAAUUGACUGAGGAAUACCAGCCUCUCCUGGCUUGGCUAAAGCAGCAGGCAGGAGACGUCGUCCGUGAAGUCGUCAUAUCCAACCGGCUCGUCUCCAGUUCUUGCGCUAUCGUUGCUGACAUGAUGGGCUACACGGCUAAUGUGGAAAAGAUGAUGAGUGCUUCACAAGCGAGCGUGCACAACCCCAUGCGCGACUUUGCUAAGAAGCAAAGAAUUCUGGAGAUCAACGCGAAGUCGCCGCUCGUCCAGGGUCUCUUGCGCAGGGUGGAGCAGCUCCCGAGUGAAGAGGACGGCCAUGAUGUCGAGGUUGAGGAAGAGCUGAAGGAGGUCGCCUCCGUGCUCAUCGACGGCGCCCUUGUCCGCUCUGGCUUCGGCGUGCCCGACUCAAACGAGUUCUUCUCGCGAGUGGACCGUAUCCUUAGGAGGUCUCUUGGUGUAUCGGAGACAGCACCUACGGACACCACGGUCAAGCCUGCGCCGCCUGUUGACUCCGAGCCUCUAGACCUUCAGGACCCGGAGUCUAUCGAGUGGCCGGACUAUGUUCCUGGCUCUCUUCGAGAGCAGGCGCAGGAGUUCAAGCCUGAAAACCAGAUUGUAUGGGAUGUGGAAGAGAUAGACGAGAAAGGCGAUCCAGUGGAGACGAAGCACGAUGAGCUCUAAAGGCAAUUGCGUAUUGUUAUGGCUAUCAUUUGGGACAUUUUGCUGGAUAGUAGCAUCAAUAUAUGUACCGAGUUACUUGUCAGUUGUCGGCAACGGCUGUGAGAAGCCGGAUAGAUGACAAUCGUGCUGCUAAUAUGACAACUUGAAUCUCAGACUACGACGCAUUCCCGAUGACGAUGAGUUAUGUGGUUAUCCCGA